AUGAAAAAUCAACCGAAUGUUAACGCCGGAGUUGUUACACGAUCCCGUAGCAAUAUGAAUGAUGAAGAUAACGUUAACAACGAAGGACAAGAAAAUGAAUUGAAUGAUGCGCAAGGAAGUCACGCUAACGACGUUGACAUGUUCAAUGAAACGAAUGAUACACAGGAAGUACAUGCCAACAUACCGAAUGGACCGAAUGUCGAUAUAGGUAAUGUGAAUACAAAUACACUACUUUGUACUUUAAUGUCACAAAACGCCAUGUUAAUGGAGCUAUUGAAGUCGCAGCAAGCUAGUAAAUCGUCGAACGACAUGACAAUUGCACCGGAUUUGAAUAAAUCUAUACCAGUUUUUAAUGGGCUAACAACGGGCGCGCAAGCUCGAGAUUGGUUGCGGACAGUGAACGGUGUCGCUAAUCUACAUCGCUGGCCAGACAACUUUAAAUUGCAGUCCGUGCGUGCAAAUCUGGACGGUGCUGCUCGUCAUUGGUUCAUAUCGAGGGAUAUCGAGGACUGGGCCGAUUUUGAAAGGCAGUUUUGCAAAACGUUCUUAGGCGUAGUGUUGACAGGUGAUUGUUGGAAAGAAAUGAGUCGUCGCGUCCAACAACGAAACGAGAAUAUACGCGAAUAUUUUCACGAAAAAGUUUACCUGUGCAAACGAGUUGGCCUAUCUUUUUAUGAAUCGAAAAUACAAGUUUUGGAAGGUCUUUUCUCAAAGGAUCUAAGUAUGUAUUUAUUGGACAGUGAUCAUCGAGACGAAGACGACUUAUUGAACGAUAUGGUCGAGUAUGAACGUUUAGAUACAUCACGUGCGACUCGUUUUCGCCAGUCGUCAGCAAACAGUAAAGAUAACGGUGUACAUAAGCCUAUACCACGACAGCAGAAUGAUACACCAUCGUCUUUACCGACGAAGAAAGAAAAUCCGAAAAACACAACAGAUUACGAAGGAAAACCAACAGUCCGAUCGUGUUUUAAUUGUGGAUCGAGAACACAUAUUUCACCUCAGUGUCCUAAGCCAAAGACAGAAAAGGGAGCCUGUUAUGAGUGCGGUUCGAUGUCACAUCAAAUAGGAAGUUGUCCAGGACGUACAAGACAGAGUUCCGAUGCAUCAACAGAAAAGAAGUCAGGACUAAUGAACAUCGACAUUGCAGACGAUGAUGUACCACCCGUCGACCACCCGAAGCCGUACGAAGUACAAUGCCACAUUGACGUUCCCGUUGCCGAACAUGAAGUUUGUGAGGUCAAGUUCAACGCGGUAAUCGACACAGGUAGUCCUAUAAGCCUUCUGAAAUAUUUUAUAUUUUAUGUUGUACCGAAUAGUACCAUGUCUUCUGAUGCUAUUCCAGAAGUUGAUAAUACUUUCGACGAAAUAUUAUGUAUUAAUUAUGGUCAAGACGAAAACGACCGCAAUGAUAAUUGUUUGUUGAACAUAAAUCCGGAUUUGGACUCUGAGAUAAGAAAUAAGUUUAUUGAAGUGUAUAAUAACGAAUAUCACGUUCUGUUAAAAGAAAACGUAGAGUCACGCGACGGUAAUGUAGAUUUUGAUAUGAAAAUUAUUUUAAAGCAUGAACAACCUAUUUCUUUUCGCCCUAGACGCCUGUCAUACAGUGAACAAAAUAAGUUGCGUGUUAUUUUAGACGAGCUGUUGUCCGAAGGAGUGAUAAGACCGAGUAAUAGUGCAUAUAGCAGCCCGAUCGUGCUAGUUAAAAAGAAAUCUGGAGACUAUAGGUUGUGUAUAGACUAUAGAGAGCUUAAUAAAAUAACAGUAAGAGAUAAUUUUCCGACACCCCUAAUAGACGACCAGUUGGAUCGACUACGUGAAAAGAAAAUAUUUACAUUGUUAGAUUUAAAGAUUGGAUUCCAUCACGUGCGUAUGUGUGAAAAAUCUAUCCCGUAUACGUCGUUCGUAACACCGUUAGGGCAAUAUGAAUACGUAAGAAUGCCGUUUGGUUUAACCAACUCGCCCAGAGUAUUCGGUCGAUUUAUUCAGUUUGUUUUCCACGAUUUAAUCCGCCGGGGCGACCUAUUAGUAUAUUUAGAUGAUAUGAUGAUUGCAACCCAAAAUUAUAACGAACACUUCGCAAUAUUAAAAGAAGUUUUCCGCCGAGCGGCGAAACACAACUUACAAUUUCGGUUGGAUAAAUGUUUUUUCGGUUUUAAAGAGGUCGAGUACCUCGGGUAUCUAAUUAAUGAACAUGGCGUACGUUCCAGUUCAAGACACAUCGAGGCAAUGCUCACCUAUCCUAUUCCAAAAAACCAAAAACAAGUAAGGCAAUUUUUAGGGUUAGCCAGUUAUUUUCGCCGCUUUAUUCCUAAUUUCUCGACGGUCGCUAAGCCACUUUACGAUCUCGUUAAGAAAAAUACACAUUUUAUGUUCGGAGAUAAGGAACAAAGCGUUUUUAGAUUUUUGUGUACAACACUGACCGAGUCACCAGUAUUGGCUAUUUAUUCACCCGACGCAGAUACGGAGUUACAUUGCGACGCAAGCUCGUCGGGGUUUGGUGCAAUAUUACUCCAAAAACAGAAAGAUAACAUAUUAAAACCAGUAUUCUAUUUUAGUCAACGCACGUCCCCGAGCGAGUCCAAAUUUCAUAGUUUUGAAUUAGAAUGUCUCGCCGUAGUAUACGCUAUCAAACGUUUCCAUGUUUAUUUAGCCGGCAUAACGUUCAAGGUCAUGACUGAUUGCGAUAGUUUUCGUCUCACUUUGAUCUACAACCUUGUUCGGGACGAACAAAUGUCAGGAUUGGCCGAACUGUAG